AAUAGUUCUCGACUCUGGCAAGCAAUGGCAGUCAUCGCCCAGUCUCACUACAUCUUCGGUUUGAGGACAGGUGUAGCCAAUAAUCUUUGCUUUUUCGAUGAGCAAACUGUCAUCUUCCCGUGUGGAAACAACUGUGUCCGCUAUAACAUUGACCAGAGAUGGCAGAGAUUUAUUCCAGGCACAGAGAGGAGUCAGGGCAUGCAGGCUCUGGCUAUAAGUGCUAACCGGCGCUAUUUAGCGGUGUCGGAGCGCGGUGAGAAGGGAACCAUCACUGUGUACGACCUGCAGCAUGAGCAGAGCAGGAAGAGGAAGGUGCUGAGUGGUGGAGACGUGGCCGUGCAGGAGUUUGUCUGCAUGGCCUUUUCCCCUGACUCCAAGUACCUGAUAGGCCAGGCAGGGGGUCCAGACUGGAUCCUGUUUUACUGGAUGUGGGAGAAGCAAAAGGUUAUGGCCACUGUGAAGGCCACUGGGGUCAGCAACCCCAUUAAUCAGGUCAGCUUCAACCCUCAUGACAACACACAGGUAUGCGUAAGUGGCAGCGGGGUGUUUAAGCUCUUCCGCUACACUGAAGGAGCCUUAAAGCAGUCCAACUUCCUUAAACUGGAGUCCCAGAACUUCCUGUCCCACACCUGGAUGUCUGAGGAGCGGGUGAUCGUCGGGACAGAUACGGGCAAGCUGAUGGUGUUUGAGUCCGGGGACCUGCGCUGGGAGAUGAACGUCAUCACCAAGUCCACGGCACAGGACGCUGAGCAGUCCGCAGAGAGACAAAUGGAGAAGAGGAAGUCAGAGGACUCCAAGACAGAGGGAGUCUCAGCCCUUUUACCCAGAGUCACCGCUAUCACCUCCUAUUCGAAGGGCUUUGUCUGCUCUGCCGGCCUUGGCACCGUGUGUCUGUUUGAGAAGACUGAGGAGAAGGACGUAUACCGGAAGACAAGAGAGAUACAGAUACCCCCAGACCCGUGCAGCAAUGAGCCCAACCUGGCGGAGCGUCAGGAGAUAGUGAGCCUGUGUAUCAGCCCCUCAGAGGAGAUCCUGGUCACCAGUACGGACCGUGGUCAGCUGUACAGCAUCACCUUGUCCUCUGCUGAGAUGAGCAAGGGGGAGCGAGCCCAUUUUGAGUUCCUGUCCCACUCUUUCCACUCCAACAUCAUCACUGGCCUGUCCAUCUGCAUCCGCAAACCCCUCAUUGCCACCUGCUCCUUGGACCACUCUGUACGAAUCUGGAACUUUGAAAACAACGUGCUGGAGCUGUCUAAGGAGUUCCAGGAAGAGGCCUUCAGUGUGGCUCUGCACCCCUCUGGCCUCUUCCUCCUUGUGGGCUUUUCUGACAAGCUGCGGCUCAUGAACCUGCUCAUCGACGACAUCCGGACCUUCAAAGAGUUCACCAUAAGGGGCUGCCGAGAGUGUGCGUUCAGUCACGGGGGUCACAUGUUUGCUGCGGUCAACGGCAACAUCAUCCACAUCUACUCGUCGACCACAUUUGAGAACCUUCUCAAUUUGAAAGGUCACAACGGAAAGGUGAGGGCCAUUGUGUGGAGCACCGAUGACAGCCGCCUGGUGUCAUGCGGGAUGGACGGUGCCGUGUACGAGUGGAACAGCCUCACCAGCAAGCGAGAGUCCGAGAACGUGCUCAAGUCCUGCAGCUACACAGCUGUCACUAUCUCCCCCGAUGCCAAGAGCAUCUUCGCUGUCGGCACCGACUGCACCCUGAAGGAGAUCCAGGACUGUCAGAUCCUCAGGGAGGUGGCAGCAGAUGAUGUGACCUAUACCACCAUCGCCAUGUCCCGCUCGGGUAGGGUGCUGUUUGCUGGGACGUCUAUCGGCACAGUGAGAGCCAUCAAGUACCCCCUCCCCAUGCAGAAGGACUGGAUCGAGUACCAGGCCCACUCCGCCCCCGUAACCAAGAUGGUGAUCACGUUUGACGACCAGUUCCUGCUGACGGUGUCAGAGGACGGCUGCCUGCUCAUCUGGAAGAUCAUCGACAAGGAGGGCCGAGGUCUUAGGAGAGACAAGGAGAUCAGCUACGCAGAGGAGAUUCUCAUCACCAAGUCCGAGCUGGAGGAGAAGAACCAGAUCAUGUUGGAGCUGAAGACGCGCGUGGAGGAGCUGAAGAUGGAGAACGAGUACCAGCUGCGCCUGAAGGACAUGAACUACAACAAGAGGAUGGAGGAGCUCUCGGAGAAGUCCAACCAAGAAAUUGAGUCUCUCAAGACCAAGGACCAGAUUAUGAAAACUGAAAGGGAGAAGCAGGAAAAGAUCCACCGGGAAGCAAUGGCAGAGGUUAUGGAGAAACACUCCAAGGAACUGCAGAACUUUGAGUCGACCAGUAACCAGAAGCUGAUGUUGGAGUACGAGAAGUACCAGGAACUGCAGCUCAAUUCCCAGAAUAUAGAAGAGGACUAUGAGAGACAACUAAAGGCCUUGGAGGAGAAGCAGAGCCAUUCCCUGGAGGAGCUCACCCUCUUCUACGAGUCCAAGCUCCAGGAGAAAAUCCUCAUUCUGGGGCAGAGCCAGGACGAGCUCCAACAGCAGACCAGGGCGUUUGACGAGACCAAGAAGCAGAUGGAGGAGGACGGAGAUAUGGAGAUCCAGGACAUCCGCAUCAGAUAUGAGAGGAAGCUACGGGAGGAGAAGGAGGUCAACCAGCGGCUGAAGGGAGAGACAGGCAUCAUGAGGAAGAAGUUCAACAGCCUGCAGAAGGAGAUAGACGACAGGACCGUGGAGAUUGAGAGGCUGAAGGGGGAGCAGCAAAAGCUGCAUGGCGUCAUCAGGUCUCUGGAGAAGGACAUUGUGGGUCUGAAGAAGGAGAUCCAGGAACGGGAUGAGACCAUUCAGGACAAGGAGAGGAGGAUCUACGAUUUGAAGAAAAAGAUCCAGGAGCUGGAGAAGUUCAAGUUUGUGCUGGACUACAAGAUCAAAGAGCAGAAGAAGCAGAUCGAGCCCAGGGAGAACGACGUCAAGGACAUGAAGGAGCAAAUCCAGGAGAUGGAGGGUGAGCUGGAGCAGUUCCACAAGAGGAACUCUCACAUGGAGCUGAACAUCACAGACCUGAAACUCAAGCUCAAGACUGCGGAGAAGGAAGUGAACAAGGGGAUGCAGAGGGUGAGGGAUGUGGAGGCUCUGGUUCGCCGGUUCAAGAUAGACCUCCACAACUGUGUGGGCUUUAUCCAGGAGCCCAAGAGACUGAAGAACAGCAUACGAGAACUGUACAGCCGCUACAUCCAGCAGAGCGAUGUGGUGGAGAUAGUUGGCAUGGACGCUGACAUCCAGAGGGAGUUCAGCCGUCAGAGGGAACACCUGGAGCACAACGUCGCGUCUCUGAAGAGGAAGCUGGCCAAAGACACGGAGGUCCACAGGAUUGACAACGUCAAGAUCAUGAAGGAGAACGUGUCUCUGAUCAAGGAGAUCAAUGAGCUGCGUCGGGAGCUGCGUCUGACCAGAGCUCAGGUCCAAGACCCCCGGAGCCAGACGGCCAUCAACAAGACCAUCAAGAGCUCCACCGACCUCAGAGCGCCCACCGGCAGGGAGUCACCUCCAGGGAGUUUGGUGCUGCGUCUGAACUUUGAGCAGGAGGCCGAGCGGAUCAUCCAGCUGCAGCGCGUGGAGAUCCAGAGGCUGAGGCAGGAGAUCCAGGGUCAGACCCACGGCCUGCGGGCCCCCUCCACCGCCAGGCUGCCGGCUAUCCUUACCUGAAGAGCAGGAGGUGACCCAGGGCAGGAGGGCAGAGACUUUCAGGCCCGGUUCAGACAAAGUUUGGGUUUAGUGAAAGGAUGCAUUUGAAACACCACCACCUAU